AUGAAACUGCCCUUCAGUGUGAGAUCAAUAGCUGAGUUCUUGGCCAAUUCCAAGUCCGAAGAGACUCAAGAACAAGUGCAAAUUCUGUUGGAUUCUUUAGGCCACGGCAAUCCCAAGUAUCAGAACCAAGUAUACAAAGGACUGAUUGCUUUGCUGCCAUGCACAUCCCCCAAAGCCCAACAGCUGUCUCUGCAGACACUCAGAACUGUGCAGGCGAUCGUGGGAGCAGCCCAUCCCGGCAUUGUGGACGCUGUGCUGGGCGUGCUCAGCUCAAUGCACUUGGAAGUUCAGUAUGAAGCCAUUCAGCUGAUAAAGGAUCUCACGGCCUAUGAAGUCCGGCCAGUGCUGCUGAAGGGUCUGGUUGAAUUACUUAAAGCACCAGAGAAAGAGACUGCUAAAGUGAAAGGCAGAGCCCUGGAAGACCCAGCCACACUCCAUCUUCCGGAGCCCUUGUCGGUGUAUAUACAGCAAGCCGCUGCAGCAAAAGCCAUCGGCAUGCUAGCCAAGGACUCCACCAAACUGGCCGAAGAGAUGAUCCAGCUGAGAGUGGUGCACGGCCUUCUGUGUGCUAUGGGGAACCAGGAUCAUACCACCUGCCAGAGACAGGCCAGCAUCACUCUAGAGUAUUUUGUCCGGACAUUUCCCAUUGUGGAGCAGCAUGUGAGGAAGGCAACAGGAGAGACUCUGUUCCAGCUUUUUAUGAGAGAUGCCAAGACCUUGUACAUGAACGUGGAUGCAGUACAGGUUGAUAUUCUGGCAUCGAAUAAAGUGAACAUCCCAGGAAGUUUAGCAAGCCCAGAAAGGAUGCCGCCCAUGGAAGAGGAAGGAAGCACGGAAUGAAAACUUCAAACAACAGAAUGAGGUCAGCUCCUCUGCCCCGCCUCUUUCCCCUCUUCCACGCCCUCUGCCGCCCUCUCGGGCCAUGCCCGUCUCUAGAGCCCUGCAAGUCCGCAUCUUUGGACCAUUUCUGUGGAUAGCAGCGUGGAUGCAGAUACAAGUUUUGUAUCCACACAGGGCUCUGAUGGUAAGAGCUGGGUGGGCAGCUGUGAAAAACUGCAGCACAGAUCCUCCACCUGCCCUGGGUGGGGGGCUGGGCCACUGGGCAGGGGGUAGGGAUGCUGGGCAAGGAAGCUGGGCGGCAGGGACGCAGGCCAGGGGCUGCUCGGGCUCUCCACCCAGGGCAGGUGGAGGGUCUGCCGCAGCUCCUCACAGCU